CCUUUGCCAAAAUGACCCCCUUGGCCGAUCUCCAAGAAACACAGCCCUUAGACGGCGACGAUGACGACGAUAGCAAUUCCCAGUCAUCAGAAGACACGGUCGAAGCCGAUCACGGUGAAACCCUAGCGGUGGAGACCGAGAGGGCGAUGGAGGAUUCGAUCCUGUACGGGGAGACGCAGGCUGUUGACGGUGGUGAUGGAGACGAUGAGAUUGUUGCCGGUGAUUGGAUCGAGACUCAGGUUGUUGGUAAUGAUGAGGGUAUCGAGGAUACUGAGGUUGUUGGUGAUGAGGGAUUUGAGGACACUGAGGUUGUUGGUGACGGUGAUGAUGUUAGGGUUUUGAGUGAUGGAGUCGAUUCUGAUGCGGAGACUGAUGAUGAGGGGAAUGACAGUAAAGGAGACCGUGUUUCUUCAAAGUCACUGCUAAGUGAAGGUUCCUGCAAAUCCAAUAAUGCAUCUGUGAGGAGCAUUGCAUCAGUUCGUGCGGCUUCAUUAAGGGCUUCUGGUCUUGCUGCGGCUCGGAGCAACAUCUCUAAGGCAGUUGAUGUUGAAUCAAACUCUUCAUUUAAUAAUAGUGAAAACUACAACAACCAAAAUAAUGGUUCAGGUGGUCAAACUAGCAUCAAUGGCAUGUUGACAUUGCCAAGUAGCACAGUGGACUAUACUGUUUUUGACAACAAAAAAUGUGAAAUAGUCAGGGAUCAUGAGAUGGAGAACUCUCAAAAGUGUACACAGGACUACUAUAGAGAUGAAAGUAAGAGCAGAAACAAUAAUCAAGUGGUGAAGAAACUUUUCUCUGAGGCAACAUCUGCUGAGGAAGAAAACACAAGUAAGCUUAAUGACACCACUGGACUCAUGGAUUCACCUGGUUCUCUUAUCCCUGAUAAUAUUGCUGGAUUGAGCUAUGUUGAAUCCCAAGAACCUGGAGAUUUAUCUCAAGCUAAUGCAUUGGGUAUUGUGGAUAAGUUUCUUGUCAUUAAUAAUUUGGGAUUGUCUCAAGAAGCUGACAUUGGGAAGAGUAUUGAUAUAGUUAAGUCACCACCCGUAGCAAGCGCAAAAGGAGCUCAAGUCUUAGCUAAGAAAACUGAAAAUAGAAGUCCAGUUGGGAAUAAGGAAGCUUUUGAGUGGAUAGAUAGUUUAGAAGAUGAGGGUGGAGGUGAGUUUUUCACUAAAAGAAAAGCUUCCUUCUUUGAAAGAAUAGACGGUGCACGAAAAUCUCGCAGCCAACCUCCAAAGUUGCAGAAGGUUGUAAACGUGGGUGAAGGCGCAAACUCCACAAAUCAUCAGAAGGAAGCAACUUUAACUCGUUCAGAUUCAAGACUAAUGCGAAAUGGUUCUUCAAAGAAUGAAAAGAUGCAUGUAGCUGAGACAAGAACAAAGAAGAAUCUUUUCAAGGAUCUUACUGACAAAUCAAACUCGAAAUCUUUGGAUCAGCAACUGGAGGUAACUGAUGAUGAUAGGAGAGAAGAAGGUAUGCAUGAAUUUGGUCCUGAUACGCAGAUGGCAGCUGAAGCUAUGGAGACAUUAAUAUAUGGAGCUCCUAUAAAUAAUGAAAUGAAUGGUGCACAUGCAUCAGCUGCUGAAGUUGCGACAAAAAGGACUGCUACAAAGUCUGCAUUCUCAAAAACGUCAGCCUUCUCUACACCAAACACAGUAGGUGUUUCAACACGAUCUAAGCAAAGAAAUAUGCUUUCUACCCACUCAAAGAAGACAACUAAGUUUUCCUCUAGGAGUAACUCAAGAGGGAAUAAGAAUUUGGAGUGCUCAACAGGGAAAUCAAAAUUAAAGAGAGGGAAACAGAAGAUGGAACAAAAUUUAAAUGCUAAGACUUCAGUUCCUAGCAAUUAUUGUUCUGGAUCUUUGGAGGGACACAAGGAACUGGAAAAGGUAGGUGGAACUUCUAAAGGGGCUCGCAAAUGUUCAAAUUCGCUCAUGUUAAAUGAUCAACCCUCAUCAAGUAAAGAAGUCACACAGGGACAGUUCUGUGUUAAUUCUAUAGCUGUUGCACAUCGUACAAGGCAUUCAAAAGAAGUUAGACUAUCAGAAAAGACUGAAGACAUAGCUACUGCCUAUGGAAAAGGUACAAAUGUAAGAAGUCGUGGACUUAUUGCAAGAGAGGAUGAGAUUGUCAUAAAUUCUGGUGGAUCACACAAGACAAAAAGAAAACAUUCUGAUACCGAUUCAGUUCAAGAUACUGAAGUAGAAAGAAAUUUCAUGAGCCACACCAAGGCACACAAUAUCCAGAAUCUGCAUGAAAAGGAGAAAGAAGCUGAUUGUAAUAUAAAAGGUGCCCUAACCCACCCAAAAAAGAGGAGAACGAGGCAGGCCAAUCAAGAUAAUCCAAAUAUAAAUGACAAGCUGCCAUCAUCAUUUGAUGACAUUAUACAACCCAAGAUUCGACAAAGAAACAUUACAGCUAAUACGAGAAGUAUUUCUGAAAUACUUGAUACUGCAAAGAGGAAGAGAAGAUCAACUUCUAGUCACAUGGUGUCUGAUAUUAAUAGUUUAGCUUCUGACGGCGUGAAGGCCAUGUUCGUAUCUGGUGUGAGAGCAAGGUCAUUAAAAUCUUCAUCAUGUAACCCUAAUAUGGAAGAUGCCAAAACUGAAGAAUCGCCGAAUAAAAAGCAUCAGCCUGCAAAAGAUGUUGAUGCAGUGUCCCCUGUUUGUGUGGCUCAAGAUUAUCCAAGGACACCAGGCAGCAAAGGUAGAACAAGAUCAUUAAUUGCUAGAGAGCUACUAAGACUGGAAGCCAGUAAAUUAUCUCCAACUUCCAUAAUUAAUACAAGAAGAAGAAAAGACAUGGCAAAUGUUCACGUUUUAUUUAGCCAUCAUUUGGAUGAUGAUAUUGUCAAACAACAGAAAAAGAUCAUGGGGCGGUUAGGUGUUUCCCCUGCAUUUUCUAUUUCAGAUGCUACACAUUUCGUGACGGAUAAUUUUGUGCGGACAAGGAACAUGCUAGAAGCAAUGGCUAUGGGCAAACCAGUGGUGACUCAUAUGUGGCUUGAGAGCUGUGGGCAAGCUAGCUGUUUUCUUGAUGUAAAAAAUUACAUCUUGAGAGAUGCUAAGAAGGAAAGAGAAAUUGGGUUCAGCAUGCCUCUUUCAUUAGCUCGUGCACGCCAAAGUCCACUCUUGCAGGAUAGAAGGGUGUAUAUUACACCAAACACAAAACCAAGUAGUGACGUCAUUUCCAGCUUGGUUAAGGCAGCUCAUGGCCAGCCAGUGGAGAGAAUUGGGAGAUCCGUAAUGAAGGAUGAUAAGAUACCUAAUGAUCUUUUAGUUCUUUCUUGUGACGAAGAUUAUUCCGUUUGUAUUCCUCUUCUUGAGAAAGGGGCGGAGAUUUUCAGUUCAGAGCUUUUAUUGAAUGGUAUAGUUACUCAGAAGCUGGAGUAUGAUAGGCAUAGGCUUUUCUUGGAUCAUGUUAAAAGAACUCGUUCAACGAUAUGGUUAAGACGAGAAGAUGACCAUCAGUUCCUUCCUGUAACAAAAUGUACAUAAGUUCUUCUCUAUCUCUAUGUUUGGCUCUGUAAAUAAGAGGGCUCUUAAUAAGUUAAGGUCUAAGUUAAUAUUUUCAGGUCAAGAUGAUUCAAAGGUCUUGUUCUUCA